AUGGCGACCGUCAAAGAGGAGGACAGAGCGAAGCUUGAGAAGUUCGACGGGACGGACCCUUCGGCUUACAAGAGGUGGAGGCGCAAGGCCGAGUUGAUGCUGUUAGCAUUACCAAAUACCUUUGAGAAGAGCAGGUGGGGUCCAAAGCUAUGUGAAUAUGUGAGUGGAGAAGCUGAAGAACUGAUAGAGGAUAUAUCCAUAUCAGAGCUAUGCCAGGAGGGCGGAUACAAGCAGGUGUUGAGUGCUCUGGAUCAAAAGUAUUCCAAGAGGAAAGAAGAAGAAGUGCAACAAUACUUGAAGGAAUACUUCUACCGGUGCACAAUACGACAGAAUGAGACGUUUCGACAAUUUGUGGUCCGCCUGGAAACCACUUACAAGAAACUCGCAGAGCACGGAAUUGAACUUCCGCCUACAGUGAAAGGUUGGAUGCUCAUGAAAAAGAUGAACCUUGACAUGACGCAGGAAGCACUGAUCUUGACGUCUACCUCGGGAAGCCUUAAGUAUGAGGACGUGACUACGGCCCUUACCAAAGUGCUGCCAGAGGGGAAAUGCUUGGUGCAGGUGAAAAGCAAGGACAUCUUUGUGACUGAGAACCAAGAAGAUGAACCACGAGAAGUAUAUGUACAAGAAGAUGAAGCUGCCGAUGUGUUCGAGGCGGUGGCAGAAAUGGUUCAGGAAUGCGAAGGUGAAUACGAAGAUGCCUUGGAUGCCUAUGAGACAUACGCAGAGAUCAGAAAGCGCAUGCAGUCCCAGAAGGUGGCGCGGGGGUUCAGGACACCUCCAACUCCACACCUCCAUCUGACGGGAACCAUGCAAGCAAAGAUCCAGCAGAUGAAAGACAAGACUCGCUGCCACAUUUGUCGAGCACUGGGACAUUGGAAAAGAGAGUGUCCAAAGAAAGACAAGGGCAGUGGAAAGGGAACCAAGUCCUAUGGCAAGAGGGCUGAAAACAUGCCGAAGGAGACCCAUGAUGCAAUGGUAGCGGACUAUGAACUUCAAGGAGCACGAGGUUCUGAGCAAGAAGAACUGAGUGACAUAGAUGCCGAAGCCCUGAAAUCGCAGUUUCACGAGGCAUUUUUCACCGAUGACAGUGUGUCUGAGCUGGAAACCUUGUUAGCUCAGGAUGUACAGAAAGGGGGGACCUCGAGCAGUAGCCAGUUCUCCAAAGUUUUUGAAUGCAACUUUGCGGACUCUGACGCGCACGGCCUGGAGUCAUACAUGUGUGAUGCGCAAGGGGCACAUGAUUGUAGUUUGAGUACACACGCGGUACCUGACACUGCUUGUAGGAAAACGCUAGUUGGACAACAGACGUUGGAAGGAAUUGAAAAUGAAUUGGGGCUUAGAGGCAAAAAGGUUCACAGGUUUGAUGAUGAGAAUGUGUUCCGUUUUGGAAAUGAUGGGUGCUUGAAGACUGUUGAGAGCGUUUUGAUUCCUGUGAUGUUCAAACAUCGGUCAGUUGUCAUUCGAGCUGCUGUGCUGCCGGGGAAAGGGGCACACACGCGUCAGAAGAAAGACAUGGAGGAGGAGAUGAUUCAGAAGGCCAACAACUUGGAUCUCCAACCAGAUCAGCCAAGCGACGAGCCAGAAGAAGAAGGGCUUGGCAACGAAGAGUUGGAGACCGGGAAACACAAGGGGAUGGGCUUCAGCAAAGUGUACAAGGAUCACAAGGAGUAUGUAGCAUGGGUUCGCGAAAAUGUGGAGCCCUCCAAGAAGAAGUUCACAGCUGGGAUGCUCAAGUUCCGACUGUAUGUGGAGGCUCGAGACAAGAAAAAGAAGCAGCGAUUGUCACAGAUCACCGGGACGCGACCCAUGGUGCCCAUGUUCCAGGAGAAGGACAACAAGGACAAGGGCAUUCGUCGAUCCAAGCUGGAAAGCGAGUGGGAGGAGAUCAUGGAUCAGAGCCAGACAGCAAGUCCAGCUCAGAGCCACACCGCACGCUUGCCAACUCAGGAGGACAUGCUUCUUCAGAUGAAGGUAGUCCAAGAGCAGAUGAAGCUCCUGAAUCAGACCAUUCAGAAUGCCACCAACCAGAAGGCAGAGCUGGAAGGUCAGAUGAUGGAGAUGAAGAAGUACAUGGAGAAGAAGCAGUGA